AGCAGCACGCAGGGUGACAGCACCUUCCCUGAAAUGAACGGGAAUGGCACUGCGGCCCCCAUGGACUUCACUGCCUCCGCUGACGACCAGCCCAUCAACCUCUGCGACAAACUUGCGCCUGCCCACGUCACCCCUUCCUACCAGUCGGACAGCUGCAGCGCUGACGGGCUGCGCAGCAGGGUCAAGUACGCGGUGAAGACCACAGCAGAGUCCCCUCCAUACAGCUCCGGUAGCUAUGACUCCAUCAAGACAGAGGUCAGCGGCUGCCCCGAGGACUUGACCGUCGGCAGGGCCCCCACGGCCGAUGAAGAUGACGAUGACCAUGAUGACCAUGAAGACAACGAUAAGAUAAAUGACUCGGAGGGAAUGGACCCGGAGAGGCUAAAGGCCUUCAAUAUGUUUGUGCGCCUUUUUGUGGACGAGAACCUGGACCGGAUGGUUCCCAUCUCUAAGCAGCCCAAGGAGAAGAUCCAGGCCAUCAUCGAGUCCUGCAGCCGGCAGUUCCCUGAGUUCCAGGAGCGGGCGCGCAAGCGCAUCCGCACCUACCUCAAGAGCGAAACGCGGAAAGCAGCCAAGAGGAUGCGACUGGAGAUCUACCAGACCUCCCAGGACGAACCAAUCGCUCUAGACAAGCAGCACUCCAGAGACGGCUACGGGUCCCGGGGGGCCAGCCUGCAGCCCCCCGCCUCCCUCCAGACGGGCAACCACAGUAACGGUCCGACCGAUCUCAGCAUGAAAGGUGGGGCCUCCAGCACGGCCCCCUCCAACAGCACCAGCAGGGGAAUGCAGGCUGCCCAGCUCAGCCCCACGGAGAUCAGUGCAGUGCGGCAGCUGAUCGCUGGCUACCGAGAGUCAGCGGCAUUUCUGCUUCGAUCUGCAGAUGAACUGGAAAACCUCAUUUUACAGCAGAACUGACUCCCUGUGUCUGCAUCGCUCCUCUGUCGAGAAGACAAUUUAUACCUGCUAGAAAGAGGCUCCCAGCAGUGUCCUGCUCAGGACCGCCAUCGUCCUCCCGUGAAGCGGUGGUUACAUGUAGUUUUAGAAGGUGGAAUCCAAAAGACCUGUUUUCUUUUACACUCCAAGCACCUGGGACUUCAGGCACAAGGACACGUUUUUGAACUGUACCAACACCCGUGCGUCCAGCCGACCAGAAGCCAAACCUGCAGCUCGGAAGGAUGUGGGACUUUCAAGGGCAGAAGGGAGCCUGGGGAGGUUUGGGACUGCAGAUGUAUUUAGAAUAACCUUUGUGGACCCAAAUGUUAGAUUCCCUUCCCCAGAUAAUUUCCAAGUCUUAGGUGAGCUGAAUCACAUAUUUAUUGAGAAAUGGACCCUCCUCUCCCCUUAGUAAUUUAUUUUUCUGAAAAUGGAUUCUUUUGAGUUUGUACAGAUUGCCAGUUUUUUGUCUGUCUGAUCAGAAGGAAUUUAUUCCUGUGAAAUAACACAUUCCAUAUCACUACACUACUAAUUUCCAGGCAGCUCUGCCUGUUUCUCUGGGGAGCCCUUGUCCCACAGGGAGCAAGUUUGCCAUCCAGCCGGUCCCGUAGCAGCAGUGGGGUCUAAAUCUCCCGCAGAGACUCGGCAAGCUCAGCAGACCUUCGGCUAGAAGGAUGUCUCGCACUCAUUUAAGUCAUUGCAGAUA